AUGUCUGGACGAUCAGCGUAUGUUAGAAAGGUGAAGGUGGACAAGAACAACAAGGCAGGAUACGACUACCUGAAUAAAGAUGACACACUCAAGGGCACCAGGGAACAUACACCCUCGGUCAAGUCUGAUCCAUCAAUCUCGGAAUUCCCUCGUAUGGAUAACGGCCUUACAUCGAAUUUCUCUGAUUAUCUUGAUUUCGUGAAAUCGGAUGAGCCUUCAGCAGCGAAAUCAGUCCGUAGCGGUCACCAUGAUGCUGAAUAUAACCCCGGGUACGCUCGAAUCAGAAGACCUGACAUGCCGAUUAUUGAAACAUCUGGAAUCGAAAAAUCUGCUUUCCGUUCGAAGAUGGAAAAGAGCAGUGAGAACUUUCGUCACAAUUUCGCAAACGUCUUCAAAAAGAAGAAAGGCAGCAAGGAAGAACUAAACGAAACACCGCCCACGACACCAAUUGGAGAGGAGAAGAUUGAGUUGCCAGCAGAAGAGCUGCCGUCUCCAAAUCAACAACCUACUAGUCCCAUGGGACAAACUCCACGCUAUUCAAACCAGCCUGCCUACAAACGAGGAGGAGCUUCCAGGGGAGAGCUUCCGCCAAUGCCCGUGAAGAUGAAGCUGUGGAGACGAAAGGGCCAACCUAUUGUAUUGUGGGACAAAGUUGAUGUCAGAGAUCCAGAUCUUUGGGACACGAAGGGAGAUGUUCUGGUAUUCUAUGCUAGGGAGGCAGGGGAUAGUGAGAUGCCGCAACCUUCUUUCAGACUGCGUUCUCACAUGGUUGAUGCGAUUGGGUCACCUUUAGUAGACGCACUACUUCGUGACGGUCUCACGGACGAAGUGGAAACGAUGAGCGUCGCUGGCUCUUACCGAAAUGAUUCCAACCGACCUAAACACCCAACUCCUCCAGGCUCCGAAUCCAGCAAAAGUUUCGACGCCUCCCAAAUCUCGUACAGAUUUACGUUACCCGCGGCUGGAAAUAUUUCGAAGCAGGAAUUACUAAAAUACAAGCUGUCUUGGCGAAAUGUCUUUGCGGCAUGCUCUGGCAAAGGAAUUGUUGGAUAUACCUUACACCAAGCAUUGAUCGAUCUACAAGAUCGUUUCCUGGACAUCAUGCCUCGACACCAGCAGCUAACUGAUAUUCUUGUCAACUAUAUCAAAGCAAUGGGUUGGCAAGAUCUUCGUGAUGAUCCGGAGCUAGCUUGCAGUCUGUUGAUAUGGAGUGAGUACAAGAAAGUGCACUGGCAACAAGGAUGGCACGAGGCAUUUGUGCACUGUGCUGGCAUGUACAAUCAAGUCGCCCUGCUCUUUAGCUGGAGAGCCGUCUCACCAGCUACAAAGUUGAUGUUGGACAAGGCCAGCGUUGAAACAUCAAGUCAAGUAGCCUACUGUGAGGGGUUGUUAGCUAGUUUCGACUAUGGAUCUUACUGGCCGGAAGCUUCCAACCAGAACAGCGUAAGCUCUCGUGAAGCUUUUGUGGGGCUUCAAGGAUUCUUCCGCGACUAUUACUCGUAUAUGUUCGGAACAUGGCCUCCUGUUCCACUAGUUUCUAGGAAUGUCGAUGGCUGGCUUACCAGAAUUAUUGUCAGAACCUUAGCCGCAGAUUUAUAUGCGCUUUAUGACUACCUAGUAGAUCGACAGGUUAUUUGGAAUGGUUCAGUCGAGGUGCACAGCCGCAUGUCUAGCAUCAUUCGUCCUGGUUCUCCAGACUUUCGUCCCGACAGCCAUGAUUGCGAAUUCACCAGUUUUAUCGAGCGAUUCGACAGUCAUCACAACUUCCCGACCAUUCCUCAUCCUUAUCCUCGACUUCCUCAAUCGUGCCCUCCCACCCAAGGAAGAAUUACACAGCUAGAAGCUAGAAAGUCCGCUCUCGCGUAUACUGAGGCAACAAACAUAUUUCUCCUUGGAGACGAAUACGAGGGUAACGAUAUGGUGGAGGCAUUUCUGCAGUGGGAGAAGACCGAUAGAAUUGGCGAAUGCGAUCCAAGAAGCGCGCGUCGAGCUCGCUGGGUUCUUGUUUACUUCAUCUUGCAGACUCUUUCAACACUUGUUAUCGACACGCCAGGAUUGUCACAUUCCGACCAGGUCGAGUACUUUUUGUCCGGUAAGGUGGAGCAACAACCUGCAUGGAUCGAAGAUCAAUCACUCAAACAGCAGGCUGAACACGAUCGAAGCCACUGCUGGACCGUAUCCUCGACAUGGCAAAAACAAAGACAAGCUGAAAAUAGUGGACUCGAUUCUGUACCAGAGAGACUCGAACCCAAUACUACCGGCAUGUCCAUGUCCUCCAUGUCUAGCCUUGAGAGUAUGACCAGAACCGCCACUUUCUCUGAGGCUGAAACUGCCACUGAUUUGGAUACCGCUCGCACCUCAACUGCUGCAUCUAUUGCUGAUAGCGAAGCAAGCUUUGUAACCAUGCAGCCGCGAGAUCACUUAAGUAUUCGCACUCGAGAUCUAUCUCCAAAGACUGCGCAAUCGCCACCACCACCAUUAAAGACUGUAUCGCUUUUCCCCGCUCCUCCAAGACAGCCUAUCGAACAGCAAUAUUCUUCCAAACCGACCGAGAAGUAUUACCCACCGACCAAUUACCCGCCAACUCUCCCUCCCAACGCACCUCUCCCACGAACCCCCUCCUCACAUGGAUCCACGCCUCGACACCCUCUCAGCCAUAACCGCAACACGACGGCAUACCAAUCAUCACGUGCCCGACCACCUCCCUACCAAGCGACUUCUUAUUCAGCUCCUCCACCGCCCGUUCAAGAGGGAGAAAUCAUGGGCUUGAGAAUCUACAAGAGCGCUUCUUCUACACCGGUCGCCUCACCAAUCUUUUCUUCUCCCCACCCAAAUGUUCAACCGCAACGUAGCAAUUCUGGCUAUGCGCCUGGUAUUGAGAAGAUAGACGAAUCUAUUUGGCCUGGUAUGAGAAAUGGUAAUGGUAAUGAUAGUCCUGAUGCUGGCAAUCACAAGGGACAUCAGAAAGGAAGAAACUUUCCACUUUCUGGACAGCAGAUUAUGCAGAUUCGGGAUUUUGACGAACAUGCUUAG